AUGUGUGAGAUGGAGAUUGCAGGAAUCAAUACCUUCCUGAACACAAUGCUCGAAAUAACCAUGGAACUUAUCUGGAUAGAACAGGAUUCAAAUAAAAUUGAUGAGAUUGAGAUAAUACAGCUGAAAAUACUCAAAUUGAACAAAAAGAUGAAAAAGCUGCAGACCCUUCGUCAACAGCGCAACGAGCUGGAAGCAAGCUCUAAGGAGCUGGAAGGAGAGCUGCAGACCCUUCGUCAAGCCCAGGCACACACGCAGCAGGAGCGCAACGAGCUGGAAGCAAGCUCUAAGGAGCUGGAAGAAGAGCUGCAGACCCUUCGUCAGUCCAGCACACACGCAGCAGGAGCGCAACGAGCUGGAAGCAAGCUCUAA